AUGUUAUUAGAAAUCAAAAAUUUCUAAUUUAUUCCUUAAUCAUUAAUAAUCUCACUAGACAAUGUUCUAACUAUCAAAGUUCUCAAAAUUUAAUCAAACAGUCAAAUCUAUUGUUAAGACAGAUAUUUUAUUUUAGCAAUUUCAUAAACUGAUCAAAAAGAAAAUGAAGAAGAAAUAGAAACACCUCCUCUAUAUGAAAAUCAAACAUUUGUUUAUUAGUUCACCAAAGUUGGAAAUUACAUCAUACAGUGCCUCAAUUCAAUCCCAUUUAAAGCAUUUAUUUCAGUCAUUCAAAACAAAAACGAGAUAUCUGCUGUCUAAAAGAUGCAAUAAACCUAAAUCAUAGAAUAAAAACUAGUUAAACCAUAACCAAAAGUGGAUUUGUAUGCUCCAGAAAAUAGAAAAUUCAAAAUGUUAGGUUGUCAAGAAACCAACAUGGCCUCCACAAUAAUUCUAGAGCAGAUUAAAGAAAAAUGUUUAGGCGAAGAUACAAAUAUCGAUAUAGUAGACUUGAUAAUGAAUAAUAAAUCAAACAGCAAUAUCGAAACUGGGUCCACUUUUAAUAGUUCUUUUUAGUAACCACAAAAUAUAGUGACAAUCAAGACAGAUACGUAUUCAGAUUCAGGCAAAUCCGAAGUUAACACCAUUCUAAAUAGGAAGAGUUCGGAUCCGAUCAUCAGCACUCCUAAAGUUCAAGAUAGAAUCAUGUUAACUAGAUAAAAACAAUAGCAAUUGAGUGUUUCAGAGAAAAUUCAAUAAGCCAUCUUAGAUUCAAAGUAUCAAGAGAUUGACAUACUUAAGAAUCAAGCAGAUUUCAAGAAAACUUAUAUCAAAGGAAUGAACAUCAUAAACUAUUUGGAAAUUGGUAAAAAUCAUUCAAUAUUUUUAGAAUAUCUUAUGAACAUCUCGAAAAAAGCUAUUGUAAAUAAUGAAAUGCAAAGUUGA